AAAUGGGAAGCUUUAAUUAACAAUAGAACCAGUUUUAUUUGUCAUGGUAAAGCGCCAGCAAGUUCCCAUUGUAACUUCAGACCAUCAAUAGAGACAACAACUGAGGAAACUGCUCAGUUCUCUGCAGACAGCCAACUGACAGGAAGGAAGGAAGGAACGAACAACUACGAAGCUGCGACUCAACAAAAACUUUUUUGCCACUUUUAUCUUCAAUUCCUCUUCGAAAACGUCAACACCUUUCGUUCUUGUGGCUCUAUUUAAAUAUAAACUGCAUGCUAGCAAAAAGAAGGAACUAGAGCUUAGCGACACCAACCCCUCCCUUCUCUUCUCUAGCGGACAAUAUCCUCUUUUGGACCCAACCAGCCCCCGUUUUUCUGUUAUCUCUUUGGUUUAAGUGUGGCACACACACAGCAGGGAUGAUUGUCUGGGCAGAUGGUGCUCAGUGUGUGGACUAGAAGCUGAGACAGGCGGAGAGGGACAGACUCCUCGUCCGACAUGGGAUGCUGCAGUGUGACCCAGAGGCAUACUGGAGUGGACGAGGUGGGCCCUGAUGAGAUCGAGCUCCUGGAACUCUCUGGAGACAAUUUAGGGGUGUGGAGUCUGGGAGAGACCAGGCUUCAGCUGUCGGUGAGGACCAGCAGAGAUGAGCAGCCCCCGCCACCACCGCGCCACCCUUCAAUACGACACCUGGAACAAGAGGUGGUGCUGUGGGGCAGGAGCAGAGAUGAGUUAUGCCACAGGAUUUACUCCCACCAGCCAAUCAGGGAGUGGGAGGGCCAACCUGCACACAUGUAUGGAGAGAUCAUCCACUCCUCCCUGGUGUCUCUCUACAACAGCUACACACAGGAAACCAGUGAACACUUCCUGGUGUUAUUCUCCUUCCACCUCUUGAUCCUUUCCCUGGACCACCCUCGACAAGACUUCAUUUAUGAGGGCAUCCUUCCCCUUUCUGGACUUUCUUUGGAAGCUGUAUCUAUUGACCCUAAAACGUCACAUUCACCACACAUGUUUGAGAUCAGCGGUCCAAUGGUGGACUCCAAGGUCUUCAUAUGCGCCAGUUCUGCAGAGCUACAGAAAUGGAUGCAACACAUAGAAGAUAGGAGAUACAAGUCAAUGGCACAACCCAUGAGUCCCUCCCACUGCGCUCUCUCCUAUCUUUUACCCUGUGAUGAGCACUGGAAAAGAGAAGAACUGAAGAAGUACUUACUACAAGCUCCCAUUUGGCAGUGGGAGGGCUCGCCGAUACAGCACAUGGGUCAGCCGGGAUACACAUCUAUCGUCCAUAUCAUCAACACACAGAGACAGGGACUCCAAGAAAGACUGAUGGUUCUCUUCCCUCAAGAUGUCCUGCUGCUGUCAGUCGACAACAAGCGUCUGAAUAUAAGAUAUGAGGGCAGGUUGCCCCGACACAGCAUCAGAGCAGUUGAGAGGUCUGCCCUGCCUGGACGGCUGGAGUUUGAGCUGAUGGGUGAGCUGAUGGAGCCCCUGCAGGUCUCUUGUGCCUGUCUGGAGGAUUAUCGGAACUGGAUGUUUCAAUUACAACAGCCAGACAGAAACGUUACUGUGAGUCCCACUGCACCUCCAAUCAUGCCGAAGCUGCAGAGGAGCAGGAAGGAGUCCCAGGAACCGAUAACAGCCGACCAAUGCCACAUCAAUGGUCGCAGCUGACUCAUCUGAAUGUGGAGAAGCUUGACUUUUAUUAUGAAUCUGAAAUAACAUGUAGAUAGUAUGUACAUAUGACUGUUAUGUAUAAUUUUGUCACAAAAUUAAGAUGCAGUAGUUUGGAGGCUCUGAAAUGUUCUUGCCCAAUAUUGAUAUAUGUGAUAUUGUUACACUGAGGGACCCAGUUUAAGACCAGACCACAGCUAAAACAAUGUUAGUCUGUAGAGCUAUAAGGGUUACUUACUGAAGAAAAUAGUACUGAAGCAACUGUACAUACUUAGCUUUGAUGUCUUUACUGUAAAAUACAUAAUGUUUGACCUUUUCACAAUAAACCUUUUUAAAACUCUUAAGAGUUGUUUAUUCAACACAACAAAAUAUGUAAGUAUCUGUAUUUAUUACAGUGGUUAAACAUUUACAGUAGUGUGCAGAGAUCCAGUGUAUUACAGUAUGUUGGUAUUAGAAAUGAAUCAAACUGAAAACCUUAUAGCUAUGGAAGGUAAUAAUAUCUGUUAAGUCUUUGUUCACAUAAAUUACAGUCAUAAUAGUAAAUUAAUCAUUUUCUUACUCUUUAUACAUGAAGCCAUCUGCACUUAAGUACAUUUACAUCAGAAUCUCCUUAGAGAACAACCAGCUAGAGGAGUAUAAAUACACAAUUAAAUUACAACGCAGACGUAGAAAA